AUUAUAAAACAUGCCGAUCUAUUCUUCUGAUUCUGAUGAUCCCCGUCCUUCAACUUCAGUACCUCCUAAAAGAUUAUUUGCUCGUCAAAGACCCAUGCAUGCAAUUCUUGGAGGAGGAAAAGUCGCGGAUAUUUUAUUAUGGAGGGACAGGACAAUAUCAGCUGCGAUUCUAAUUGGAUUCACAAUGAUAUGGUUCCUUUUUGAAGUUGUGGAGUACAACUUUGUGUCUCUUUUGUGUCACAUUUCCAUGAUCUUGAUGUUGAUUCUGUUCAUCUGGUCUACUGGGGCUGGACUUAUUGAUUGGGCUCCUCCUGAUUUACGUGCUAUCAUGGUAUCGGAUUCAACUUUCAGAUGGUUAUGUGGAAAAUUCAACUCAAUGCUAUCUAAGUUCUAUGAGAUUUCAUCUGGAAAAGACUUUAGAACCUUUUUCCUGGCAAUCACUAUUCUCUGGGUAUUAUCAGUAAUUGGAAAUUAUUUCAGCUCUCUGAAUCUGUUGUAUCUGGGAUUUCUUUGCCUGGCAACAUUACCUGCUAUUUAUGAAAGGAAUCAAGACAAAGUGGAUUAUCUAGCAAGCAAAGGGAACCAAGAUAUGAAGAAGUUGUACAAGAAAUUUGAUAGGAAAGUUCUUAACAAGAUUCCAAGGGGACCCGUCAAGGAAAGGAAGAGGUUUUAAGUCAACUCAUUAAUAAGUUGGACAAAGUUUAUAUUGGUUAUAUGAGGUGCACGAAAUGCUGUAAUUUGUAAUUAAUAUAAAUACUAAAUACUAAAGCAGUGAUGAAGAAAAUUUUCUUUCCUG